AUGACUGCGACCGUUGAGUCAAAGGCUCCAGUCGUCAGAGAAACUUCAAAUGCCCUCCAUCUUGAAGGUGACAAGUUUAACGGCACAACGCUCGAGUUCAUGUUAGACUGCGAUAAUGAUAGUGCAAUUAAUCCAGAAGCUGCAUCCGAGGCAGAGAUAAUCCAGGAGGUUGUCAAUGAGUUAAUUGAUAAUGUGACUGCGACCGUUGAGGCAAAGGCUCCAGUCGUCAGAGAAACUUUGAAUGCCCUCCACCUUGAAGGUGACAAGUUAAACGGCACAGCGCACGAGUGCAUGUUAGAGUGGGAUAAUGUACGUGCAAUUGAUUAUCCAAAAGCUGCAUCCGAGGCAGAGAUCAUCCAGGAUGUUGUCAAUGAGUUAAUUGAUAAUGUGAGUGCGACCGUUGAGGCAAAGGCUCCAAUCGUCAGAGAAACUUUGAAUGCCCUCCACCUUGAAGGUGACAGGUUAAACGGCACAACGCACGAGUGCAUGUUAGAGUUGGAUAAUGAAAGUGCAAUUAAUUAUCCAGAAGCUGCAUCCGAGGCAGAGAUCAUCCAGAAGGUUGUCAAUGAGUUAAUUGAUAAUGUGACUGCGACCGUUGAGGCAAAAGCUCUAGUCGUCAGAGAAACUUUGAAUGCCCUCCACCUUGAAGGAGACAAGUUUAACGCCACAACGCUAGAUUUCAUGUUAGAGCUGGAUAAUGAAAGUGCAAUUAAUUAUCCAGAAGCUGCAUCCGACGCAGAGAUCAUCCAGGAUAUUGUCAAUGAGUUAGUUGAUGUGACUGCGACCGUUGAGGCAAAGGCUCCAAUCGUCAGAGAAACUUCAAAUGCCCUCCAUCUUGAAGGUGACAAGUUUAACGGCACAACACUGGAGUUCAUGUUAGAGUGCGAUAAUGAUAGUGCAAUGAAUCCAGAAGCUGCAUCCGAGGCAGAGAUCAUCCAGGAGAUUGUCAAUGAGUUAAUUGAUAAUGUGACUGCGACCGUUGAGGUAAAGGCUCCAGUCGUCAGAGAAACUUUGAAUGUCCUCCAUCUUGAAGGUGACAAGUUUAACGCCACAACACUAGAGUUCAUGUUAGAGUGGGAUGAUGAGGGUGCGAAUCAACCAGAAAAUGCAUCCGAUGCACAGAUAGCACAGGGAGUGAUCAAUAGUUUAGUUGAUGAUGUGGUUAAGCUCGAGACUCAGGGGGUUCCAGUCGUGCUCAAAAGCUUUAAUGAAAACUUGAAUGACCUCUCUGUUGAAGACGACAAGCUCAACGGCACAGCUCACGAGUGCACAUUAGAAUGGGAAACCGUCGGUGUUUUUGAACCACAAACUGCAUCCGAGGCUGAAAGUGUUAAUGCAGUCACUGAAAGCAAUUAUCAAGAAGAAGUUGUUUCUUGUGUUGCACAUGAAUUCAGUGCAGCAGAAGAGAAAAACAGCGCUGUUUGUAAGUCGUUUCCUGACUUUGCCAUCGAGUUGGAAAGUGUAGGUGGGGUCACUGCGAUACCCUUAGAAGAAGAAAUUGUGAACGUUACAGCUCAAGAUUUGACGGCAGAUGUAAGAAACAGCAGUGUUAGUGAACUGGAAAGCGUCACUAAGGGGGAGGACAUUGCUUCGGCAGCAGAAACAAUCCAGGCCGUCCUUUCUGAAUUAAUUGAUGUGAUCGAACUCGAGUCUGACGAUACAGUGGUGUUUGAAAGCGCCAGUGAAACCUUGAAUGAUAUCCCCGCUGAAGUUGACAAGCCAAGCAGUGUAGUUCAUGAGUUCACUUUAGAAUGGGAAGACGUAAGUGCGCUUGAACCCGAGAGAGCAGAGAAGUUUCAAAGUGUGACCGAAGUAACUGAAAUUUUCGAAAAAGAAGAAAUUUUUUCUGAUUUUGAACAUGAAUUCAGCCCAGCAGAAGUGAAAUCCAGAACUGUUUGUGGAUUGCACGCACCCGAACUUGCUUUUGAUUCACAAAGUGAAUUGUCAACCGCCGACAUUCCUCUCGAGUUGAGUCAUUUCGCAAAAAUCACUCACGAGUCAGUUCCAGCAAAAAAGGAUAGUGCGUUUUUCAGCGAUGGUUCAAAUCAGAUGGACAAUGGUAAGGAUGACUCUACAAUCUAUGAUGAUGAGGUUCAAGCUGCAGAACUAAAAACAGGCAACAUCAGUACAAACGAAAGUUCGUUGGAAUUAAAAAGUGUAAGUGGGAUCGUUGAAUUUCCUUUAAGAAUAAAAACUGUAACUCAUUACCUCACUCCUGAAUUGCAACUUGUCAGUUCAUGAUUAAGAGAUCAUUUGAUGGUAACGAGAUCACUUGUGGCAAACGUAGUUGACACACCUGUCUAAAACUAGUGCUUUUAUCAGCAAUUUCAUUCAUUUAUUAUUUCAUUCUAUUUAAACGCCGUAAAUCCUCCUACCCCCGAAUCCAUGUUGUUUGAAGUUAAAGAAAGACUUGAGGGUCUAAAAUGCAACAUUUAUUUUGGGGAGGGGGUACACAGGGGGGAGAGGAUAGGUAUGUCCACUAUGCAAAGAGGGGCCAUUUUAUAGAAGUGUCUCAACGAAUGUCCCUCAUUGUGGCUUGAAGUCCGGAAAAAUAAAUACAACUAAACAUGCUCCAGUUUAUGUCAGGCCGUGUUUGAAAAUCAUUGGAACGAAUACUUUGUUUCAAUAUGUAUGCGUUUUUUUUCGUCAGGUUGAUUAUGCAGCUGCAUGCUCGGAUUUUAAAGAUCAUUUUAUUGGAAACAAGACUUUGUGCAACGGAGAUUUCGAACAAACUGGGUAAGACUUUACUUCAACAGAAUGAGAAGGGAACGUGAACGAUCUCUUGAUCCUUGACGGCAUUUACCAAGACACAAUACAAGAAUAAAAUCGAAAACCGAAUCUGUUAAAUUUGAUACUAGUAGUAAUCAAAGAUUAUGGUGCGUCGCCUUAGGGAAUUACCCUUCACUUAGCUGGGUUGCGUAAAGGCCGGUUUAGACGCUACAAUUUUUGCUUACGACUAUCGUGCGCGACUAGCAUACGUCAUGACUUUCAACCAUCCACAACGCGUACAAUUUAUACCUACGACAUCCACAAUGUACCGUACGAGCGUCGUUGGUCUAAUUUAUACGACUCGACCUGUCGAGAAGUCGCAUGCUAGUUGCGCGCGAUAGUUGUAAGCAAAAAUCUUGCCGUCUAAAUCGGCCUUGAGAAACCCGGGGGGACUCCCUUAUAUAAGCCAUGUAGGUAUGUGCGGCCCAAAAGGUAGGGUUUUUGCGCCGUUUCGGUCUCAAAACGAGAAUAGAUUUUGCUCAUUUUGUCUGGAACGGAUAUGGUUUCGAGGAAACUACGGAAGUGUAUGAACGUAUUUUUCGUUUCAAUUCCGAAUGAAUCCAAAACAAAGGGUAAUAUACGAAUUCGAAAUGGAUUUUAAGAAAUCUUUUUGUUUGAGCUCUAGUCUGAAAUUGAUAACUUAAGUUUUAUAUUUACCAAGUCUGAAAACGGGUAUGGAUUUAAGAGACCGGGUCUGAAAACGAGUGUGGAAAAUAACAUUUUUAAGUCUGAAUUAGAGACAGGAUUUGGAGAACUACCAAAAAUUACCGUCAAUACCCGCUUCCCCCGGAUAAGAAUAAACUAAAAAUAGUCAAUAGUUUCUUGACCAGGCUUUGAUGUCCGGAAUAUUUAGAAAAGAAAGAGGUUUUAAAACGAAAAAAGUAAUACGAAAUAUGUAAGAAAGAAAAGUUUAGCUCGCCUUGUAGUUUUCUAAGCGAAAGUCACAACCCAAAACCACCGAAACACGCAGGGCACGAUGGUAUUGGGUAAUUACCUGACGUGCACAAUUGGUCAUCAACCGACAACCUCUUUUCUCGAUUUCUCGCACUAAGGAACAUGCACAGACUGCCCACGAAAUCAAAGAACACCCCAACGACUCGAGUAAGAGUAUUUAGUGUAUACUAAAAUCGUGUUGUGACCAACUGGAACGUGUUGGUUAUCGUUACAUGUAGUCUUUCUUUUUAAUUUCAGCAUCACAGCAAACGUUUAAUAGAAACAUGUUUUAAAAAACGCUAAAGCCAAGGAAUUUAUUCCCGCGGGGUCAUCUCAAGCAACUGGAGGAUUUGAAACAGAACUUCUUUGGAGAUUCUGUCUCGAUUAAUUCGCCAGUUGCUUCAGAUUUCAGCAGACUUGAGCUUGGGUAUAUAUUACUGUAGUUGAUACUCUUUAGAAUUUUUUGUACUAGAAUCUUGUUGGGACAACCUGAAACGUGUUUGUUAUCGUUGCAUCGUGUCUUUUUCUUAAAUUUCAGCAAACAAUGAAUACAAACAUGUUUUAAAAAACGCUAAAGCCAAGGAAUUUAUCCCCACGGUGUCAUUUCAAGCAACUGGUGGAUUUAAAACAGACCUUUUGUUUGAAAUCUGUCAGUUGCUUGAGAUUUCAGUAGACAGGAGCUUGGGCAUAUAUACUACUAUACUGUGGUUGAUAAUUUUUAGUAUUAAGUGUACUAAAAUCUUGUUGUGACAAACUGGAGCGUGUUGGUUAUCGUUUUGAAUCGUUGCACAUUGGCUUUUUUAACAGUUUGAUAUUGUUUUCAGCAUCACAGCAAACACUGAAUACAAAUAUGUUUUAAAUGCCAAGAAACUGAGAAAUUUAUCUCCGCGGUGUUAUCUCGGGCCACUGGUGGAUUUCAAACACGUUACCUUCUCACGGUUUUAAAUCCCUCAGUUUCCUGAGAUUUCAGCAAACUGCAAACUGCAGUUUGGGUAUACACCUGUAGUUGCACAACUAAUAAAAACCCGAUGCGUUUAAUUUGGACGUUAAAGCGAAAUGCCUUUAGACAAAAAAGGCCUCUUGGCGAACUAAAACGUGUUGAUUACCGUCCAUGUUUUCUUUUUAGAUUUCAGCAUUUCUGCACAAGCUGACUGCCCACAUUUUUUAAACGCUGAAGCCGAGGAAUUUAUUCCUUCCUUUCGAGCAUCUGAAGCAUAUGAAACAAAUGGCUCCAGCGGCUAGACGUUAUAGUUCACUUGUAUUGCGGGCAUUGAAUUUGAACGUUAAUAAUUUUUGAGAAAUUACCGAAGCUCUUUGCGUUGAGGACGAAUUUUGUCAGGGAAUACAAUCAACAUUAUGAUAUCAUAUUAGCCUACGGACGUGCUCCUAAAACUAAUAUGCCCCUGGCGAAUGAAACGCGUUCGCCAGCUUUGCACUAAUAUGUUUGCAUGUAACCCAACAAAAAACAGUUCCGUCUUCAAGGAUCGUUCUACUUCCGUGUAAUCAGCCCCAACUCUUAUCUCAAUGAAAAACACACUACCUUAACUCAAUUCUAAAAGUUAUCCUGAUAGCAAAGCCUGCCAAGUGUUACACUAGCUCAACUCCAACAAACUGAUUAUGAUUAACUGAUCCUAAUUAUCCGAGCGUAGAUAAGUCUGUUCAGUCUCUGGUGUACUUUCCAGGCUUGCAAGCAUAGACAGAAGAGUCCCACAUGGCUUAAUUUUAAGGCCCUCUUCUCUUUUCACACGUGUCUGUGACCAUUUAACUCAAGAAGAAUGGAGGGGACAACCGACCCGUUUAAGUUAAAUUGUUCUUGUGUGUCUUGCCUUUUCUUGCCCGUUACAGGAUUCUAGACAAACUAAAACGUCUUGAUUAUCGUCCCUGUUGACCCUUUUUAUAUUUCAGUACUGCCGAACAAGCUGGAUGCCAACAUUUUUUAAACGCUCAAGCCGAAGAGUUUAUACCCUCUUUACGAGCAUUGGAUGGGUUUAAAACAAAUGAUUCUAGCAGACUUGAGCUUGGGUAUGCAUUAAGGUAGGUGCACAGAUAAAGGACUAUUAUCAUUCUUGAGAAUUAAACGAGGUAUAGGCUCGAUUACCAGCCGCUGUUCGGGAAAUGAGCCCGCGCUCCUCAAUUGAACAGACGGCAGGACGCAUGAAUUUGCUAUUGUCAAUUACCACCAAUCAGAUCGUUACCUGCUCUAAUGGAGCAGGCAGCGUAUUUUAUUUUUCCUGGAGCAGAUUUCAAACAGCGGGUGCAAAAGUGUUGUUUGAUGUGGUGCGAUUGUGUUUUAGAGCGUUUUAAACUUAAAAACCUAUUUACAAAGAAAAGCAUUAGCUUGGAGAAGCUGGCAAAUGCCAGGAAUGUUUUUGAAAUUCAACCAACCGGAACUAUGGUUGUUGACAGGUAAUGUGAAUUUAAAGAGACGCCUGUCAGGUCCAUCGGUAAUGCAAGAUCAAUGUAACUACAGUCAGUGCGUGUUUCUACUGACUUUUAUUAUGGCAAGUACCAUGCAAAGCGGCAACGAGGCAAAGCACGUCAUGUGUUCGGUAUUUAAUGACAUUUCCCAUUUCCAAUGCUUCGUAACGGCGCUUAACUAACUUUUGAGCCUACGUCACAGACACUUUAGCCACUCACGCGUCCAGCCGUCUCUCCUCGAGGAAGACCGAGAGAGCAGCGGAAAUCGAGCCCAAACUAAACGAGCAUUGCAUGAUAUGGAUGUCUUGAAAUACAUUAAACGUUACGGCGUCAUAGACAAUUGACUGUGUUUUGCAAAUUACAGCUCGUUUGUUUUUAAAUGGAGGAAGACAAACAGGAAAAAUAUAUGCGCUUGAAAUUUGCUUGCCUUUACUUUGCAUGUAAGCCGAAACAAAGAUUGCUCCAUCUUUAGGAACUUCCUCUAUCCAAGUAGACAGCCUCCAAUUACGAUUCGAGGUAACUCGUAAGUCACUGAAAAACGCUGUAGGAUUAUACAAUUCUUAAAGUAAUCGUGAUAGUAAAGUUGCCAAAUAUUACACUAGCUGAACCGUAAACAGCUGGCUUAGGUCCUACUUAUCUGACCGAAGACAAAUCUUUUCAGUCUCUGGUGUGCUUUCCAGCUUCGCAAGCGUUGAUAGAGAAGUCCCGCAAGGCUUUAUUUUAGGCCCUCUUCUCUUUUUCAUGCGCCUGUGACCAUUUAAAUUAUGAAAAACUUGUGCGGGAAUAUAAUAGAAGCCCGAUCCGUUUGAUUCGAUGCUGUUCGAUCUAAAUUGUGUGUCUGUGCUUUGUUUUGCUUUUGUAACAGAGCUCUUGGUAGUUGUUGUAUUUUUUUACAUUUCAGCAUUACCGAUCAAGCUCAAAGCCAACAUACUUUAAAUCCUAAAGCAAAAGAAUUCCACCCGUCGUUCGGCGCAUCUGAAAGACUUCAAACAAAUGGUUCCAACAGGUACACAUAUUUUACUCUAUUGCACACUAUGGACUUUAAUAAAAAUGAGGUAUUAUAUGUUAUAGGUGUUCUGUAUCUUUGUGUUGAGAAGGAAUUCUUGUCAGAAAUUCAUACAUCGUUAUGACGAGCUAUGACGCAAUAAUCAGCGACGUGAUCUCUCACUGGAAUAUUUGCAUGUAAACCAAAAUAAACGCUGCUCCUUCUCCUUUUGCCCCCAAGUAAACAGCCGCUAGGAUUCGAGCCAACUCGUAGAUCAUUGUAGGUUUUCCUGAUAGCAAUUACCUUUGCGCGAAUCUCACUAGCUCAACUGCAACAAAGCAUAGGCUUAAGUAUCACAUUCAGUCUUUGGCGUGCUUUCGAGCCUCGUAAGUUCAGAGAGAGGAACCCACAUGGCUCUAUUUUAGGCCCUCUUCUCUUUUAGCGCGUGACUGUGACCAUUUAAUUUUUGAAGAACUGGUACAAGAAUAUAAUAGAAUUUAACCGAUCCGUUUACUUUAUUGCCCUUUGAUCUAAAAUUUUGUUGUGUGUCUGGCCCUUGUUUUGCCUUUGUAAAACAGCUCUUGGUAGACUAAAACGAGUUGGUUACCCUCGCUUGUUGUAUAUAUUGUUACAUUUCAGCAUUACCCAUCAAGCUCAAAGCCAACAUACUUUAAACCCUAAUGCAAAGGAAUUCCGCCCGUCGUUUCGAACAUCUAAAAGACUUCAAACAAAUGGUUCCAACAGGUACGCAUUAUAUUUUACUCUAUUGCGCACUAUGGACUUUAAUUAUUUGUAAGAAAAAAGUGCGGUAUUGUAUGUAGUGGGUGUUCUGGUUCUUUGAGUUGAGAAGGAAUCCUUGUCAGAAAUUCAUAGAACGUUGUGACGCCAUAAUCAGUGACGUAGUCUUUUGACGUGGCCUCUCACUGGAAUGUUUUCAUGUAAACCAAAAUAAACGCCGUUCCUUCUCUUAGGAUCUUUCUGCCUCUAUGUAAACAGCCGCUAGGAUUCGAGCCAACUCGAAGAUCAUUGUAGGUUUUCCGGAUAGCAAUUACCUUCCUGCGAAUCUUACUACCUCAACUGCAACAAAGGUUUGGCUCAAAUAUCACAUUCAGUCUUUGGUGUGCUUGCAAGCCUCGCCUGCCCAGGAAGAGGAGUCCCACAGGCCUCAAUUUUAUGCUCUCUUCUCUUUCACACGCGCCUGUGACCAUUUUAAGUAUGAAGAACUAGUACAAGAAUAUAAUAGAAUCCUGAUCCUUUAAUUUGAUGCCCUUUGAUCUAAAAUUUUGUUUUUGUGUCUGGUCCUUGCUUUGCCGUUGUAACAGCGCUCUUGGUAGACUAAAACGCGUUGAUUACUCUCGCUUGUUGUGUUUUUUUCAUUUCAGCCUUGCCGAUCAGGCUAAAAGCCAACAUAUUUUAAACCCUGGUGCAAGGGAAUUCCGCCCUUCGCUUGAAGCAUCUGAAAGAUUUCAAAGAAAUGGUUCCAAUAGGUACGCUUUAUAGUUUAUUAUAUUGCGCACUAUGAAAGUUAAUUAUAUAGAACAAAAAAAGGUAUUAUGUGUAUGAUUAUCGGUGAUCUGGUUCUUUGAGUUGAGAAGGAAUUCUUGUCAGAAAUUCAUAGAACGUUGUGACGCCAUAAUCAGUGACGUGGUCUCUUGACGUGGCCUAUCUCUCUGGAAUGUUUGCAUGUAAACCAAAAUAAACGCUGUUCCUUCUCUUAGGAUCUUUCUGCCCCCCCGGCCUCCAUGUAAACAACCGAUAGGAUUUAAAUUACGAAGAACCAGUUCAAGAAUAUAAUAGAAUCCCAAUCCGUGAAAUUUGAUUUCCACUGAUCUAAAAUUUUGUUGUGUGUCGACCGGGCCUUGCUUUGCUUUUGUAACAGAGCUCUUAGUAGACUAAAACUAGUUGAUUACCCUUGCUUGUCGUGUUUUCUACAUCUCAGCAUUGCCUUUCAAGCUCAAAGCCAACAUACUUUAAACCCUGACGCGCAGGAAUUCCGUCCGUCGUUUGGAACAUCUGAAAGAUUUCAAACAAAUGGUUCCUUUAGGUACGCAUUAUAUUUUACUCUAUUGAGAACUAUGAAAGUUUAUUAGUUAUAAGAAAAAACUGAGGUAUUGUGUGUUAUGAGUGUUCUGGUUCUUUGAGUUGAGAAGGAAUUCUUGUCAGAAAUUCAUAGAAUGUUAUGACACCAUAAUCAGUGACGUGGUCUCCUCCCCGUAAUGUUUGCAUGUAAACCCAAAUAAACGCUGUUUCUUCCCUUAGGAUCUUUCUUCCUCCGAGUAAACAUCCGCUAGGAUUCGAGCCAACUCAUAGAUCAUUGUAGGUUUUCCGAUAGCAUUUAGUUUGCCGCGAAUCUCACUAGCUCAACUACAAUCAUGUAUUGGCUUACUUAUCACAUUCAGUCUUUGAUGAGCUUUCCAGGCUCGCAAGCCCACACAGAGGAGUCCUACAGGGCUCAGCUUUAGGCCCUGUUUUAUUUUUGCACGCGCUUGUGAACAUUUAAAUUAUGGAAAACUAGUACAAUAAUAGAAGAGAAACCCGAUACGUUUAAUUUGAUGCUGGUUGAUGUAAAAUUUUGUUGUAUGUCUGGACCUUGUUUUUCUUUUGUAUGGUAGGGCUCUUUGGGAGACUAAAACGCGUUGGUUACCCUCGCUUGUUGUGUUUUUUACAUUUCAGCAUUGCUGAUCAAGCUCAAAGCCAACAUACUUUAAACCCUGACGCGCAGGAAUUCCACCCAUCGUUUGAAACAUUCGAAAGAUUUCAAACAAAUGGUUCCAACAGGUACGCAGUAUAUUUUAUUCUGAGUAAAUAAUUGAGGUAUUGUAUGUUAUGGACGCUCUGGUUCUUUGAGUUGAGAACGAAUUCUUGUCAGAAUAUCAUAGAACGCUAUGACGCCAUAAUCAGAGAGGUGGUCUUGUGACGUGUCUCACACUGGAAUGUUUGCAUGUAAACCAAAAUAAACGCAGGAUCUUUCUGCCCCAAAAUAAACAGCCGCUAGGAUUCGAGCCAACUCGUAGAUUGAUGUAGGUUUUCCCGAUAGCGACUAGCUUUCCGCGAAUCCGACUACCUCAACUGCAAAAAAGUAUUGGCUUAAGUACCACAUUCAGUCUUUGGUGCGCUUUCCAGCCUCGCAUGCCCAGAGAGGAGUCCCACACGGCUUAAGCUUAUGCCCUUUGCUCUUUUUACACGUCUCUGUGACCAUUUAAAUUUUGGGGAACCAAUUACCGGGAUAAAAUAGAAACGCGAUUCGCCGUUUAGUCUGAUAUUAUGUGAUCUUAAAUGUUGUAGUGUGUCUUGUUCUGUUUUUCUUUGGUUUAAUUAUAACCGUUCUCAAUAGCUUAAAACCUCACUUAGCACGCUUCAUUGUUUUUUGCGAGAUAUUAAGCCUUGAGUGUAAAAGUAUUUUUUUAACAAAAAGUAUCUUUCUACACAGCGACUCCUCCCAUUCAUUAUGCUUAUCAACCUAAACCUUCCUAUAUCUUGACAUCAAGCUGCUCAAUAGCUGACAGGCUGGUUUUCUUUUAUUCAGAUUUGAAAUCGUUAUCACCUUAUCAUCAUCAUCAUCAUCAUCAUCAUCAUCAUCAUUAUCGUGAUAAUCGUUAUCAUCGUAAUCAUCAUCGUCAACGUUAUUCUGAACACUUUUUCUUUAUUUUCAUAAUCAUUACCAUCAACGUCACAGUCAUGCCCAUUACAGUCGUCACUGAUACUUAGUUUAACAGAUUCCUGUUUUAUCGCCAUUUUUUUGGCAAGCAAUUUGUAUUCCUUUUUUAACUAUCCCAUACUCCUUCACUCCACUCCAUUAACAGCGUAUGCUUUUUAGAAAUACCAGAAGCCAAUAAAUUCGGAGCGAUUUACUCACUUUCACAUUACAUAUCAACUGAUAUUUCAUUUUUUCCUUAAAUUUAACUGAAUUUUCAAAAACAGACGAGUAAUAAAUGGAGACCAGAAAAUAAUCUUUGAUGUUUUGAUGAUAUUUGCUAUUCAUUUUUAUAUACAUCAUGCUACAGCUUCCAUUUUUGCGGGAAAAGAUUUGUGCAAACGCCGUUGCAUAGGCUAAGGAAGGGUAGUUGUGCGCAUGCUCGGGAUUACAGGCUUCUGAAAUGCAAUAAUCGUUUAAUAUUACUCGGUUCAUUUUUGUAAAAAAUCUAAUUUUCUUUUUCUUGUGUUUACCAGGUGGUACUAGGGAUGAUUCGUCGGGGCCAGGAGCCCAUCGGGGCCUAGUGCGACUACUGCAAGGAAUCUGUUUGAUGUGUACACUGUGUGCACUCAAAUGAGAUUCACAAUAAGUUGUAAUUAUGUUUUGUGUCAUUUCAAAUUGUAUAUUUAUUAAAUAGUUUUAAUAAACCUUUUCUUAUUUUUGAAUCAUGGUGCUUCUAUUUUAGAUUAAUUAAGACGUUUAGGCUUGGUUUCCACCAGCGAUUUAACGACGAUCGUAAUCAUUAACAAAAUCUAGCAGGGAACGCAAUUAACGACAUUUAUCACGUACAUUUAUCAUAAGAAAAAGAUCGAUUUUUUCAACCAUUACCACAAUGCCGAACGUAUGUAUCUUAAUACUUUUCAGCCUUCCGGAUCCCGUUUAAAGACAUAGUCGACAUAACCAUUAUUUGUUUGCGAUUUUGAACAUUGUAGCACUUUUUUGUAUAAGUCAAAGAAAGUAUUUUAUUAGGUAGAAGUAAACGAAUGGAUAAAAAAUAGCACUGCCAAAAGCAACUAUUGUUUUUUCUUGUUGAGUCUAGUAAAGGAACAAUUGACUCAACAAAGGAAGCUGUGAACGGAUAAAAUCCAAUUACUAGUAAAAACUAUCCAUUAUAUUUGGUCAAUGAAUCGUUUUCCCUAGGUUUUCUCUAGUGUUAAAGAGACGGGGACGAGAGGCGAAAAUUCAGAGUGAAAGAGGACAAAUCUAGGCGUGGCUUGGUCGCAAUUUCCACCCCUCAGGGAGACGAAGAGCCUCCCCUUCACGAGUCUGUGAGAGUCCACCCGCCGGGAUUUUCAACCUGAAUUUUUGUAGCCUGAGAAAACAGCCGACAUUUCGCGACGCCACCACUAGCCUGUGAACAGGCUCUUUCGAGGAAAGGGUGAACAAAUCCCUCUUCUCGCGAUUCAGUUUCACCCUUCCCUAAACAGAAAGCCUGUUCACAGGAUACGCCACCACUGGUUUCCCCGCGAAAUGACGUCUUUGUGAACGGGAAAACCAUUAUUGUUUGUACAAUACAAUACAAUACAAUACAAUACAAAUUUUAUUGUCAACUCCCUGUGAGGGCUUUUCAGGCCUUGGACUACACUAACGAGGACUAUGUGAACUUUGAAAUAUGAACACGAAUGAAGAGCCUAUAAUCUGGGAGCGAGCGACUCCCAUACUAGGCCUAUGUCAAGGUGUUUUCACAGACCGAUUUAAGAGAACAAAAUGUCAUUAAAAGGUCUGAAAAUGCCAUUAGGCUUCCUCACCAUCAGCUUUUUAAUAUUUAAGUUGUAUAAAUUAUAGCAAAACAAUAAACUUGAACUUUGAACAAUAAACAACAAACAAUUUUCAGGUGUGUAGGUUUCUGUGGAUACAUAUGAACAAAGGAUAAAGGAAGGUAAUAGCAAUGGCAUUUGAUAUUUCAAAAGGUCUGUAGAGUUUUGAGACAAUUUUGGAUCACGGCAAAUAUAUGAACAAAGGGAUUUCAAAUUAAAAAUUGUUACAUGUAGUAGUAUAAAUUUGAGACAAUUUUUGAAAUAUCACGAGGGAUAUUUCAAAAAAUUGUUUUAUUUGCCAAAUAUCACACAACUUUGAAAUAUCAUGGUAUUUUUUAUUUGUCAUGCUAUUAUUUGUUUAUACCACUGCCCACAAAAGGUUUGUAAUUUUCACAUGUAGGUAUUUCAAAUUAAGCUGAAAUACCACUGCUCUAAGCCAAUCAAAUUGCAGAAAUUUAUUUAGUAGUACUCGAGGUAUUUAUGCCAAAUACCACUACAAAUCAUGCCAUUACAAAUUGCACCGCCCCAACUACGCCCCUAACGACGCCUACUGGAACCAGUUUGUUUUUAACUUUUCAUUGACCGCGCGGAACUGGAUCUUGUUGCUUGGUAACCUGCCAUUUCUUUCGUAAUGCAAUGUGUUGAUUUCAUGAGUGGCCAUCGUAGUCAAGCACAUCGCCAUGAAGUUUUACUGCACGAUUUGCAUGCUUAAGUAAGUACAUGAGUCUUGAAUGUUUUUCGAAACUUGCUGCAAUAGAUUUGACAUCUAAUAAAUUGGUUUUCCCGUUCGCAGAUUUAACUGGGAUCAAGUUACGAGUGCUUUUUGGCCGCGAUAUCCGAAUCCGUUUAGUCGACACGUGCUAUCCGAAGAUGUCAUAGAAAGGUCAUUUUGCUCAUGUAGUUAAUCUCUGGAUGUGUCAGUUUAAAAUAUUGUAGCUAUGCAAAUAUGUCUUAUAUUUCUGUUGAGGUAUGCAGAGUGUCUUGGUGCUUUUCAAUUUCUGUUGCAAGUUGUACGCUUUCGUGACAAGCAGCUCGUAAAUAUUUUUGUCCAUUGAUUGCGUUGUAAAUUCUAAUUUACAUAAGUCUUACUGUACAUUUCUUUCCAAACACUUUUUAAUGUCUAAUAAUGUGUAUGUGGUCUUGCCAUAGUACAUAUGCACUCUAAUUCCUUGUAGUCAUAGUCAAACUGCAAAUGAUAACUUCUAUUUGGUCAUUUAUUGUUUGAUAUUGACAUGCUCGAUCAACAUAAACGUUAAUUUACGUUACAGUUGAAGAUGUACGAUUUUGUACAAUGAAGAUAUGCAAAAACUGUGUUAGCUACAUUUUUUCUUUGAGUAGCAACAUGCUUCUUCCUUAAUACUGCUAGAAAUAGUGUUUUCAAUCGGUUAUACUUGUUAAGUCUUCUUUUGACAUUUGUACUUUGGUUUUGAGAAUUUAUAUUUGUAAAAUUAUAUGGGGCUGUAGUAACAAAUAUAGGAACUGGCAGGAGACAUGUCCGUACAAGAGAUGUGUGUGCAAGUACAGGUUCUUUUUCCAUACAAUAAGUGUACUGUACAUGAUUAUGAAGUAAAGUUCACUUCACUGGCUUAAACCUUGUCACUCCUUGUUAACUGCAAAGAAAAAAUCUCACACGCCCCAAAUCAAAUUACUUUUCUGUAAAAUCUCUUAAGUUAAGGAACUUAUUGAUCUUUUCAACCUAAGAAUGCAUUUAUUUUACCUAGAAGAGCAGCAUUAGUGGCAUACAUGAAUAUAGUUUCUUAAUCAUUUAUUGAGGAGAUAAAAUGCACCAGUAUUAAACUAUGCUGUAAAUAACAUUAUUGUCAUUUGUUUCAGGUCUUUAGUAGGCAAUAAACUUGUCACCAAAAAACUUGUAACAAAAACAAACAGUCCACCAAGAUGGGCCGAAAGGGUAAGCAACUGAUUUAUGAUUCUUCCUUUGAUUUUUGAUGCUACAUACAUGUAAAAUAGCAUUGCAAGAUGUGCAGAACAGUACUGCGUAAAUGUAGGUUGACAGUCACUGGCAUCACCUCUUGAUACUUUAGUCUUGAGACUCAGUUCUCAAUUUUGAGAAUCAAUGGUGAUUAUUUAUACACUGUACAAAAUAAUGCAAUUUACUCUUUUCAUUUUUUCACACACUUUUUCUAAGUACCACAUAUUGGUAAUUUAUCUGUAAGUGUUUGAAAUGAUUAUGAAUGUGAACAAGGUGGUGGUUGGUUGUAAUCAAGAGUGGUCACUCAGAUUCAGUGUUUCUGUUAUUAUUUAUACCAGUGUUUUUUUUAAGUGUGCAGUGGGACCUCUAUAUGUUUUAUGAACCUCAAUAUAAUGAAGCCCUUGGUAUGACGAAUGACAUUACAGAAUUAUGGGACCCGCGAUUUGGCGGGCAACGCAGAUCUACAAUGUACAGGCGCCAUUCCGUAAUGAUUUCUUCACCAGCUUUAUAUAGUAAAAAUAUAUGGAAAAGAACCUUCACAUAAUGAUGGAAACCUCAUUACAGCAAACAUUUUUUGCCAGUCCCUUGGUCCUUUCUUUUCAUUGAGGUUCCACUCUAUGUGACGCAAAUUUUUUUAAUUGACAAUUCUGAACUUUGAAAAUGUGUCUCCUAAAAAGUUUCUUGAAUUCUGGCUAUCCCAGAACUGCUUUUUCCCCUUCAGAAAUGUUCCAGAGACUCUGGGAAUGCAUUCAGGCUCAUGAAUGCUAGGCUAAUGAUGUCACAUGAUGUCAGUUGAUUUUCUAUGCCUUCAUUCUGGAUUCUGGCCAUUUCUUUAUGUUUUGUGGAAUUUUACCAUUUUUUAAUUAUCUGACUGUGACUAGAAAGUAUAGAGAAGUAAAUUAAAUUAGAUGAAGAUGAUUGGCAAAUUAUGGACAAUGACAAUCCUAGGUAUUUGCCGCCAUGUUGUAAAUUCUAUAUUCUUGACAUUCUUUCAAACCAUUCUACGUCAUAUACUUGUCAAUGUGAGUGACGCGAUAGGGUGGACAAAUUGACAAGUAUGAGAAUAAAAUAGGUUUUGCAAGAUUUUUGACGAGUUUUAAUUUGAGAGACAUAUUUUACUCAAAUCUAAGAAUAAAAAACGACCAAAAAAAAAAUCGUGUCUUAAAUACUUUGAAGAAAUAGCCUGAUGUAUAGGAGUAUAUAAAUUGUACAUUAACAAUUUUUUUUAUCACUGCAUCUUUCAUCAUGGCAGUAUUUUUCUUAUUUUUUUUGUAGUUUACAAGUGCAAGAGUUGCUUGUAUCGUGGAAGAAUCAGUAGUAGAUCCUGAAGCUAAAACUUUAACAACAUACACAAAGAAUGUGACAUUUACCAGACUCAUGGUGGUGGAGGAGAAAUGUGUUUACUCAGUCCAUCCCACAAACAAAGAAUGGUGAGUGCUACCUUUUUCAGCCCUUCAUACAGUUCUCUUUUAUUUUCUUGUGGUUCUAAUGAAAAGAAUUUGCACGAAAUUUGUUUGAAGCAUUUCACACCUUUUAGAGGACUGUAUACAAUCUUUAAUAUGGACCUUAAGAUAUGAGGAUGCUGACAGCAGGGAAAAUGUUGUUUAAAAUUAAAAGUGAGUUUGAGGUUGCGUUCUUUCAUAUUAACAUAACCUUGCAAACUUAACUCUCACCCCUUCUACAAGAUGUGCCAAAACUUAUGUCCGAUUGACCUGGACAGGUAGAAAUUUAGUUCUGACAUGCAAACCUUUGACAUGACUUGUCCAUAGGACAAGCACAUUUUUAAUUAGAAAAAUAAAGAAACAGUUGAAAAUUGUCUUCAAAUUACAGUAGAAUUAAAAUUCAUCUUAAAAUUAGUCAUAACAGCGAACCUUAUACUUAACAAAACAAGGUUAAAUAUUCCUUUUAACUCGACCACUCCACGAUCAUUUCAUUUGUUUUUACGAGCUGCGUUUUAGGUGUAAGUCAACAGCGUUCCAGUUAAUUCUUUCAAGUGGGGGGUCGUGUAGAUCAUCUGAGGGGUUACCUAGACCAUGUGCUAAUUUUUUUCGUUAUAUUUCACUUAACACUUGUACAGCUGUACGUCAUCUGUCAGGUCAGCCUCGCCUUGAAAUAGAGAUGUGAGGCUAAUUGGAAAGGGCUUACUUCUCACUUGACUCAGCUGUUGAUUAAAAUUUAAUCAUUUAAUGAAGUAAUCAGACACACAACUAGAGUUCGCUGAACAAAAUUCAUGUACAUGUACUUUUGUUUGUGGUUUUACUCUGUUUUGCUCCUUUUUUAACUCCUUUUUUUUGAAGCUUCCAAAAAGGCGACAACUUUGUGUAGUAUUCCCAAAUUUUCUGACAUUUUUUUUUUCUUGAAAAUGCCAUCCCAUUAAUUUAUUGAUUUAAUUUUGGUUGCAAAAAUUCCAGCUCCAAUUCCAAUUAAUCAUAACUAUUAACAACAAAAUUAUUGGUAAUUUAAGCUUUUCUAAAAUUGAAAUACUAAUACAUACUGUCCAAUUACACUUUCCUAUUAAUGUUGAGAUCAGGACAGUAAACUGUUCAUGACAACCAAUCAGACGUGAGAAUUUCAUAAUAGUUUAUAAGAUUGAAAGACUUACCGAUACCUACUGUUUUUUAUAGUGUUGUUGUUAGCACCAAUGAAGUGCAGUUGGCAUAUUUUUCUUGAACCAUUUUAGGCCUGUAUUGUUGAAUUCAUUGCUACUUCUUGUCCCAGGGUUACAUGUCAAAAGCAGAGCUGGGUUUCAUCUAGUGUAUUUGGUUUUUCAAGAGCAAUAGAAAGAUUUGGAAUUGAAAGAUAUAAGUUAAAUACAUCUAAGGUAUGUAUGUAUGGUAUGAUACAUUUUUUCAAUGAAAGUUUGCUUUAUUGCUCUAAAUAUGUUAUAAUUUUGAGGUGCGUCAUAUAACUGAGUAUCUUUGCUUUUUAUCUCUUGCUUUCUACUUUUUUUACCUUAGUUUAAUUGCAGUUAUUUUCUUUUCGUAUUAUUCCUGGCCUGCCUAGACUAGCUACAGUUAUUUGUGGUGCCAGGACACUUGUAAAAAUAUUCUUUAGAAAAAUUUUCUAAAGAAUGUUUAUAAUCUUAUUUAAUAUUUAUAAUCUUAUUUAUGAAUCUUUGGGCAACAAAACAAAAUUAAGUCAAAUUUUUUACUCUAAAAGCUCUAGCUGCUCAGCCUCUUUUUAGUUAUCAGUUUUCAAUGCCUUCUACAUCUUCUAAAGCUGAUAUUAAACAACGAAUGAAUCAUUUUGCAUUCAAAACAAAUCAUCUGGCAUUGAUUGUUUUGAACAUAAUGUUGAUGCUUGGUAAGCAGGAAAAUUUAUGAAGCAUCCACAGGAAACCUGCUAUUAAAAUUUUGCUAUAUUUUUUAAAAAGCUAAAACGUUUAUUUUUAAAAAGUGAUUUAUGAGUUUUAACUUAUUAACAGACUUGACCUAAAACAGCACCUCUUUAACCUUUUCACCUCCUGGCCCAGUCAUGGUGCAACCAUUCAAAUGAAACCAAUUUUGGCAGUAAUUUCACAUGGUACAAUUCAUGGAGAACUGUUCACCUGCCCCUCCCCUACGCCAACAUUUUGCCCUAAGUGAGAAGUCAAUGUCAAUGUUGGCUUAGGGGAGGGGUAGGUGGGCAGUUUCGCAGAAAGGUAUAAUGGUUCGAUUAAAUUGCUGUUCUAAAACCAAUAAAAAUACAAUGGAAGCUGUCAUGAGCGGACACCCGCAGGACACACAAAAAAGGUGUCUGUAACUCGGACUAACCGCUAAUUUAAAAUAACAGAGUUCAGGGCUGUCACUAAGAUUUGAAGUUGCCAGGUAAAUACAGCAAGUAUACGGGGAAUCAAACAGCAAGGGAUUUAUUUUGGUUCUAUUUUUCUUCUAUUUUCCUAUGAAAGAAGCCGGGGGCCACGUUCUUAGUAGCAGGGAAAUCCCCAGCUCCCGCCUCUUAAUGAGAGCUCUAGAGUUUAUAUGGGAGCUGAGAAAAAUGGAGUUUUGUGAAGGCGUGCAUAAGUAGGGCUGUUCACUUACAAGGCGUAGCCAGCCCAUAGACCUGUAGGCCCGGGCCUACAAUUUUUUGAUCACUCUACCGCUUAUAAUAAAUUAUGCAUUGUUGGGGUGAGCUUAAAAGCUUAGAGCUCGACAAAGUAUUGAUGAGGUCAGUGCGUAGUUGUCAUGCAUGCAAUUUUCAGGAUGUGUGGAAAUGAAAGUCAGCCAGGCUUACAACUAGUCCAAAAGCUGGCUGUGCCUGUGGCUUAUGAGGGUGUCCUUUAGGACAGCUUCCACUGUAGGUGUUUUUGGUGAAAUCCUUCCUCGAGAAAUCACACAAUAUGCCGCAUAAUAGACCUUUUCUACUGCAAAAUGCAGGCUUCGGGAAAUUCCGCAUAAUUUCCUUAUAUUUUUCACACCCUCUCCAGUAGCCUGAUAUGCUGAUUACAUUUUAAGAUUUGUCCUUUCUUACUUUAAGCACCAACCAUAAGGAUUUGUUGUUUGUUUUCAGGCAUCAAAAGGCCUACAGUCAAUACUGGAGAAGCUAUAUGUUCCAGAAAGGCCACAUAUUCCUCUUGCCCUGCCUGUACCACAGAUUAGUUGAUUUUAAUUGUCAGAUGAUUCUUUGAAAUUUAUUAUUAAUAGUUUUAAAAGACCCUGUCCGCACUAUGCAAAAUUUUGUUUCUUUUACAAUAAAAAAUCUGUCAACAGGAAGCCAUUUCUAGGGCGAAGGAUUUUUUUUAAAAUACCAAAAUUUUCUCUAAUGUGUCAAAACUUCGAAGAUACCGUUGCGAACGUUUUUGAGGCCUACAAUUUUUUUGUCAGGCGACAAAAUCUUUUGUUCCUUCACAGCUAUCCUUCGUCGGGUCGUCUUAUUUCGCGAACAUGACUUGGCGUUUUUCGUUACAUGAAAACUUUCGCGUUCUUCUGGUGCGAACAAGGUUACAAAAACGAAAAAUUGGUAACUACAAAAAAAAUUAUGCAAUUGUUUUGCAAACACCAGACUCUAUUUUUUGUCGUGGUGUAGGGAGCAAAGAAAAUCGGUGUUACAGCUUGAAAAUGGCAAGCUUAGGUAGCAUGUACUAGCCCAAAAGUUAUUUUAACUAGCCUGAGAAAAAAAUUGAUGAGCAGAAUUGAUUACAGUUCUUCUGCAAUUUGAAUUCCCCUCAAAAACUUCACUUGCCCAUCGGGCAAGUUAAGAACAGAAUUCGCUAGCCCGGUAGUAAAAUCCACUAGCUCCGGGCUAUCAGACACUACUUUCUUUGCGCUCUGUAGUGCGAACAGGGCGUUACUCAUAAUUAUCUUUUCAUUGUUGUGUUGGAUGGAGAGACGUUACCAAACUCAGCCAGAUUCUGAGUGCAGAGCUGAAGCUUGUAACCGAGGGCAAUUGCCUCGGUUAAGGAAAAAUAUUUGACUGAAAAGUUAUACGUUUAAAUUGUGUUUUAAAAAAGUAAUUUUAUUGUUGUUUCCCGGAUUUGCCUUUGUAAGACCUUUAGCCCAGUGGAUAGCAAGUUAUUGUAGUGACAAAGAAAGACGUUUACAAUGCUCAUGGUACAAAAAGUUUCAUAAUCCCUGCUCUAUUUAAACUUAACUCAGUGGUUCAAAUUCGUGAGGUAGUCGAGACUGGUUAGAGAACUGAAGACUGUAAAACUGGCAACAAAAGCCGUGCAACCUGUCUUGCACUAUUGGUGCAAAGCAAGUUGAAUAGCGAUGUUACGCGACCCGCGUAAAACCUGUCUUGCAACAAAUCAGGUUGUUAACGGUUUUGAGCGUGGGUGGUAAAACGCGCAACAGCGCUUUUCAAGUUGUUUCUCUUGCAAGGUUGCAAAACAAGUUGCCCGUUGUUGCCCAUUUUUCCGAAGCUUAAGGUGCGUUCGAUCGACUAUUUUCCAGAAUAAGACUAAAAUGAAGGGAAUAAACUCAAGAC